GCAACAUCAUGAGAGCUGCCUGCUGCUUUCUUCUCUGUGCACUUCUAGUUCUGCAAAGUGAAGCAUUGCGUUGCUUUACCUGCGUAGGGUCCAGCGAUGAGGACUGCAACCAGCAGGGAUCCCAGCAGUGUCCCAGCUACUCCGAUGCCUGUGCCAUCAUCAGAGGACAAGCCAGUGGCGUCAUGAAGUCGUGCUCGUACAGGCCGUUCUGUGAGCAGGCCCGGCAGGAGGGCUCCAAGGCACCGGGGGUCCGAGUCCAGUGCUGUUUCUCAGAUGACUGCAACAGCAAGAGCCAGGCUGCCAGUCACAUUCUCAGUACCAGCUUCCUCCCCCUCCUGGCACUUUUGGUACUACGCUGCCUGCUUUUUUGAGCCCAGAGCUCAUCUCCGUUCACUUCACAAAUCUUUUUGAUUAAAUUUUAGAUAUAGAUAGAAUAUAUUUUCUUGGCCCUGCUAUUUAUUUACAUAUAUGAGAUAUAUUCUGAAAUAUAUCCUUCACACAUUUUUAGCUUGUGUUUAGAAUAUAUUUAAAAUAAAUAAAAUUGAUUAUUUUAGAUAUAUUUUAGAGAUAGAACUAUGAUUGAUAUCCUUUUUAAAAGGUUGUCGCAUCAAAUGUAGCAAUGAAACAUAUAUGUUAAAAGUAAAGAGCUUUGUUCAAAUUCAUUACAAAUCAUAGCAAAACAGUAUACCAGUAUACAUAUCUAGAUUUUAAUGAGCAAUCUGUCCCACAUAGGUGCAGCUGUACCCCAAAUAUUAUUCCUGUACCCCCCUGGCUGGGUGGGCUGUUUGUUGUGUGUAAUGCCGUUCCUCUUGCUACUUGUGAUACUGGCAAAUAAAAUGUAAUUUAGCUUUUAUCUGUUCAUUUUGCAGUUUCCUUUUUUUGGGGUGACACUGCAUUAAAAUGCAUUGCCGUUUCCUUUCUUUUAGGAGUGACGCUGCAUUAAAAUGCAUUGCCUUUUCCUUUCUUUUAAGGGUGACUCUAUUAACCACUUAAACUCCAGAUGUAAAAAUGAAACCCCU